AUGAAGCGCCUCACUCGGAGGGUUCCCCGGCCAGAGCUCCACCUUCCCGGCCAUGUUAUGCCCCCAUCGAUAUUGCUUCUCGGUGAAUUCAAUGCCCUCGUCGUGCAGCAUCUUCCUGAUACGGUCGUUGCCAUUCGGAUUCUGUUCAUGGCCAUGAUGCAUGGCAUAGACCAGCCAGACGCGGUUGGAUUCACCCACGCCCUCUGUGAUUGUCCUCAAUUUAUCUCUGAUUUUCCUCACCAUCCUCGGCCCAGCAUGGUUAUCUAUGACCGUCUCGCCACCAACAUGGGAAAAGAGUCCAUUGAUCUCCUCAUUGGCAUCUUCGGGCCAAACAGCCGCCACUACCGUGCAGCCUUAGAGGUCGUGGGCGUAGAGUUUCUCGCCCUCGCCCAUGAACACCUUGAUGGUCUCGAUUCUGUCGAUAUUAACAUUGCCUGGCUCAGCCAUUGA